GGCAGGGCUUGUCAUAAAAGUAAUGGGAAUAAGGAGAUUCGCCUGGUUUGUUUGGAAGUCCAGCUCAGGAUCUCAUCACAUCUUUAUGUUUCUGUCAGAUAGAGAGCGUGAUUUAAUCAGUAUUUAAAAUGGACGAUUUGAAUGGAACUAUCGAUCCUACAUGUUUACAGGAACCGCCGCUGGCUAUUGAUGCCAUAAAUCAGCUGGAUAUGUUCGGGAUUGCCCUGUACGCCAUCCUCACUUUCAUGGCCACUGUGUCCCUCAUACUGUACUUAGAAGAGUGUGUGUACAUCUACAAAAAAGUACCCUCCCCAAAGAAGACCACCAUCAUAUGGGUCAAUGGGGCUGCACCUGUCAUUGCUACCAUGUCCUGCCUUGGAAUGUGGAUUCCUAGAUCCACCAUGUUCACAGAUAUGACCUCUAACUCGUACUUUGCAGUUGUAAUAUAUAAAGUUCUAAUCCUCCUGCUUGAGGAGUGUGGGGGUGAAGAUGCCUUUCUGAAGUUCUCUGCCAACAAGUCGUUCAUGAUCAGCACAGGACCCUGCUGCUGCUGCUGCCGCUGCCUGCCCAGCGUGCCUGUAACACGGCGCAUGUUGUUCUGGCUAAAGGUGGGAUCUCUUCAGUAUGCCAUUCUGAAGACUGUUCUCUCAAUCUUUUCUAUUGUCUUAUGGGCCAAUGGAAACUUUGACCUUGCAGAUCUGGAAAUAACAGGAGCAGCUAUCUGGAUAAAUCCAUUCAUAGGAGUAUUAACUCUCACUGCCCUGUGGCCUGUAGGCAUCAUGUUCAUGUUCAUACGUGGCUCACUCCGCAGCAUCAAGAUGGUCCCCAAGUAUGCCAUGUAUCAGCUGGUCCUGAUUCUGAGUCAGCUGCAGUCAGCCGUCAUCAGUAUCCUGUCCCUCGACGGAACUAUUGCCUGUUCGCCACCCUUUUCAUCAAUUGCCCGAGGAUCCAUGAUCAGUCAGCAGGUAAUGAUCGUAGAGAUGUUCAUCAUCACCCUGGUGACCCGGAUGUUAUACAGACGCACAUAUGAGCCAAUCAGGCUGGACUCCUACGAGAACGACAACGAGCUGAAUGCCAAGAUCAGCCUAAAUGCCAACUCUGUGGAGGAGCACACAGCCUGAGAGAGAGAGAGAGAGAGAGAGAGAGAGAUACCCUGUUUAGACCUGGUCACUUAAUGUGACUAGUAUUUGGAUUUUAUCCUGACAAGAGUUUAGCCAUAUGCAUUUACACUUGGUAGACAAAUGCAUCAGAUUGAAAUCUGAUUGCUGUAUGGGACAGAAUAUGCAAAUUCAACAGAUGGGUUCACACUGAUAUAACCUGUCUUAGAUCACCUUCUGAAGUGGUUUGAGUGAUCAGAUUUACACCUGUUUUACAUGGCCCUUGGCUGUGUUGGCUAAUCCAGAUUCAGUUCUGAUACUCAACACAAUGAAGCGAACAAGUGUAAACAGGGUCAUAGAAUAUCUAUUUAUGAAAUGUUUGCCUUAUUAAAUUUUGUGUAAAAAGUU